AGACUAUCCAAUAUCAAUGUUGAUUGAAUUCCUAUUCACAAAGAUGCAAGAAUGGUUUCUUGCAAGGAGGGAAUUAGCUACUUCUAGUAAAUCAAGAUUAUCUGAUGUAUGUGAAGAGGUGCUGGUAAACCUUAUGAUGGAUUCUACUGGGAUGAUUGUAAGACCAAGUACAGCGUAUCUUUUUGAAGUGAUUGACAAAUCAUGUAGACCAUAUGUGGUUGAUCUUGAAGCAAAGACAUGCACUUGUAGGGAGUUUGAGUUAGAGGACUUUGUAUGUGUACACGCUGUUGCAGCAAUAGGGAAAAGAACAGGGAUAUCUUGUUAUGACUACAUCUCCAAGUACUAUCAUAGAAGUGCAUGGUUUGAAGCAUAUAAAGGUGUGAUUUAUCCUUUAGGUGAUUACACUGCUGAAGAUAUUCCUGAAGAAUACGAAAAUUGGGUAGUCAAUCCACCCGUUUCAGAGAAGCGAACAUCAGGAAGGCCAAAAAAUAAGCGAAUUCCUUCUAUUGGCGAGUUUGUGUCACGACAGACGUGUGGGCGGUGCAAACAACAUGGACAUAAUCAAAAAACGUGCAAUAAUCCAAUACCACGACUUCCGAGAUAGAUUCAAAAUAGAGUUCUUUGCUUAAGAGUGUGUUCUUGGCAGAUUUUUUUUGUGUACAUUGUUGAUUAUUGUAAACAAUUUAUCAUUGCACGCCUGG